AGUCGAUAUCCAGCCCACUGUUGAGAUUCAGCUCGAACGCAUUCAGAUACACUGCUUCCUCUUUUGCUCUCAGUACAAACACAAGUGGCAUCUAUUUCAGCGUGCGCUAUAGCUUAAGGAAUCCCAUGAGGAAUUCACUCCAGGACCAUGAGAUGAGCGUGACGGAUAGCUGUGUGAUUUAGUGCCGACGACUCUUUUUUUUUGCAUCAAAAAGAUUCCCAAAUCCAGCAGAUAUGUCUGGGAUGGAUGGGCCUGUUGAGGAGAUAAAUGGUACGGAAGUGGACAGCGAGAGUUUCCUGAGGUUCAGCCCUACCUCUGUUUCUACCGGGGCGGCCGCUGCCUCAUACGGACGGACUGCCAAUGUUUACGUCUACGUCUCCAUCUUCCUCAGCUUGCUGCUCUUCCUGCUUACCCUGCUGAUCAUCGCUCUCCACAGGCUGAAGAACAUCAUAUCCUCCAGCUCUUCAUACCCAGAAUGCGGCAGUGAGGCCGGGAGCUCCUUCACUAACAUGAACAUGGAGAUCUGCAGCAUCUCCUCACAGAGAUCAACAGUGUCAUCGCUGUCCUGACAGCAGAGAAAGACAGAUCGAUUACACAUGUCUGAACGUACUGAUAUUCUAGAAGUUUAGAAAUAUUUUAGCAAGUACUUUAAAUAUUUAUCAUUAUUAUCUGUGUCUUUUUCAUUAACAUUAUUCAGAGUAAAUCGUUCAACACCAACCGUGUAUUACUUAAAUGAAAUAAACCACAGCAGAUCUUGUAUUGAUAUAGACCGUACUGAAGCAUUAUCAUGAAGGCUUUUUGGAUUUUGGAAAAAUAUUAAUGACUUGUGUAUGUCAAUCACAUUAUGUACAUAAUGAACUGUAAACAGAAAAACUGUCAUGCUGACUCUGUCAUGUAUGACGACAUUUUCAUACAAGAAUAUACUUUAGAACAUCAAGAAUAUAUAGAAUACAACAUGUAAUCCCUUGGAAGCCUUGAAUAAAAUCUGAUUUGCUCCUAAAA